AGGGUCUCUAUUUCAGAUUGCCAUCAUGUCACAAGGUCCACAAGGUCCACAAGGUCCACAAGGUCCAAAAGGCGUUGGACCACCACCACCUAAACCUGAUGGUACUGAAGGGACAGCCACUGUCACUCUCACACUUAAUGAUGAACACGAUGAAAGCAAGACUAUCGUGUAUAAACGUAAUGGCUUGAUUAUUAGUUCUCGUAACAAUGAAGAUUUCAAGAAUUUUSUGAAUACCAAAACCAAGAACACUGAAUUCUUCAUAUACUUUUGCUCAAUUGAUCUGCCUGAAUAUUGGAAGGAUCGUUUAAUYAAAUAUGAAGUAAAAGUCCAUCGUUUUACCAAGCCAAACGAUGACAAAUGUUAUACAAUAGAUCAGAAUGCAGCUGAAGGCAUUGUAGUUGUCAAAGGCUCACAUCACAUAUUUUUGCCUUUAAACGUGGGCAAGUUCAAACUAAAAUACACAAGCAGAUUUCCUACGUUUUUAAAAGAUUACAGUAAAAACUUCAAGUGCGAUCAGCAACAAAUUGAUUGCAAAGGAAAAUAUAAGGGAUUGAUAAAGUAUGAGUUGAUAAAGUAUGAGAAAACUGUAGUAAAGUUUAAUAAAAUCACUUUUUCGAGUAACAACUAUAGACUUGAGUUGAGAGAUAAAUUGUUUGACAAGUUGGUUGAUGGCCCACUACUUCUGUGCAGCAAUGGAAAGGAAUAUGCAGUUGGUUGGUGUGCUAAAGCUCGAGACAACAACAGCAAAAUCACGUGGUACAAGUUYAAGCCUCAAGGUUCAGAUAUAACAGAAAUUUGGAAAGCUUCUUGUGAUCAACCUGAUAGUGUACAGCCAGCCCCUGAAGGAGCAUCCAGUACCAGUCAGCCAGCUCCUGAAGGAGCAUCCAGUACCAGUCAGCCAAUCCCUGAAGGAGCAUCCAGUUCCAGUCAGCCAACCCCUGAAGGAGCAUCCAGUACCAGUCAGCCAACCCCUGAAGGAGCAUCCAGUACCAGUCAGCCAACCCCACAAGGAGCAUCUAUAGCCGGUCCUCCCAUACAAGAACCUUCAACUCUAAUGAAAGAUCUAAUCCAAACAAACUCAACAGUUAAAGACUGCCUAAAAAAUGGUCUUGAUUACGACUACAAAUUGUUAAGUAACUGGAGACACCUUGCCGAUCAACUGAAAGAUCCUGCAGUUCCUCAAGAAGUGAAAGAAGCUUGUGAAAGUGGUACAAUCCACAGUCCAACUUUGGAAGUUCUGGGGAGACCCGAUAUAUGCAUAAAACCAGUUCAAGAGCUUAUGGACAAACUAAAUGGAAAUGGCUUGAAUCGAAGAUGUGAUGUUCACCUUCAAUUGAGUAACGGGAUUCCUGAAGGUAAGGUUUUGAAACUACUUCUUUAA